AUGAACUAUAUGUACGGAUUUGAUACUCAGACGUUCAAUAAUUUGUCUUUGAAUCCAUCACAAGUUCAAAAUAAUAAUAACAGCAGCAACAACAAUAAUAAUUCAAAUGCUAUUACUUGCUCGAAUCAGAUGAAACUGGAGUUUCAAAUCAAAGAAACCCAAAUCGAAUCCCUAGAACAAGAAGUACAGACUUUGAAAAGACUGUUGGAAAAUACAAAUACAAAUAGCAAUAAACAGAUCUCAUCAACGAAUAAUGGUUCUGGUGAAUCUGCUACCGUUCAGAUUCCUAAUAGUGUUGAGGAAGUGUUUGUAUUAUUAUCACAAUCAUUAGCUGAAAAAGACAUACAAUUACAAGAAACUAAAGACACAGUAGAAUCGUUAAUUACUGCAAUCACUUUGAAUCCAACAAACAAUAUCACAAAGGAAGGUAGGUACGAUCCACAAACUGUAGCACAUAAAUUGAUGAAUAGAUUAGAGAUUCUCGCGAGAGAAAAUAAAGAAAUGGGUCAAAUGUUAUCAUAUGGGAGAUCACAAGAGAUGUCAAUUCAACUGAAUUUGCUAUCAAAAGAGAAUGAAGACCUUAAGAAACGUAUUGCAAAACUAGAAUAUCAAGGGAGAAACUCAACUUAA